AUGCCUUCUCUAGACAAGACCUUUUCCCUAGUUUUACAGGAGGAAAGACAAAGACAGACCAUAAAUUUGACAGUGUCUUCUCCUGAGGCUUCAGCACUAGCAGUCUAUAGUAAUCAAGCAAAAAGAAAAGAGAAAUCUGAUCUUAGCUGUUUUCAUUGUGGAAAGCUUGGACAUACUAAGGAGAAAUGCUAUAGGCUUAUAGGAUUCCCACCAAAUUUUAAGUUCACUAGAGCUAAGUCGAACCAUGGUAGUGGGAAUUUUUCUUCUCCACAUUCAGCAAACCAGGUUUCCUCUCAAAAUCAAGAAAAGGGAAUACAAGAGAAUCCUCAGUUGAACUUAUCCCAGAAUCAGAUUCAGAAACUCAUGGCUCUAAUCAAUGGACAGAUGUCACAGCUCACUUCUAAUGACUCAGGUUCUGUUCAGACCACUACUCAGCCUCAACAAUUGUCCACUGAAAAUAAUCCUUCCCCUGUUGCAUACUCCAACAUGGCUGGUCCUAUCUUCAUGGACGACGAUUGGGCUUGCUAAGAUCCAAUGUGGCCUUUAUUUCCUUCUUCCCAGCACCUUCCAAAACAAAGCU